GCACAUCUAACUUCACGGGACAAUAUUGCGAGAUAGAAAUGGUGGAUGGUGAAUGGAGUGAGUGGGGAAACUGGUCUGAAUGUUCAACAACAUGUGGUGAUGGAGAGAAAAGAAGAAAGCGUCUAUGUAACAAUCCUUCACCAGAUAACGGAGGGGAAGAUUGCCAUGGAGACACUUUUGAUUUUAUAAACUGCAACAACACCGACUGUCCAGUAUGUCGCGAAAUACAACCUCCAGGAAAUGGAUCUAUUGAGUGUGUCAAUGAUACAGAUAGUAUUAACUGUACAAUGUCUUGUGAUGACGGUUUUGACUUCGAUAUUGAACCUCUUCCACUAUAUUACUGCGGACCUCAAACAUCCCAAGAAUGGAACUUUCAGAAUGACGAAAACCCUGACAGAAGGAUACCAAGUUGUGUCGAAAUAAAAGUACCAGAAGAGAUAACGGUGAUGUACUCUGCACACUAUGAAGAUCUUUAUUGUGCAAAUCAGGACCUUGAAGACUUUGCAGUAGAACAGAUAGAUCUCACAGUGAACAUGGUUCUGUCAAAUGUAGCAUGUUUAGUACAAAACACGUGCUCGUUGAAUUACGUAAAGACAAUUGAUUGUGACAGUAAAAGUAAUGAUCGAAGGCGACGCUCUACUGGAACUACAGCCGGCUUCAGUUUACAGAUAAAAACUAAUCCAACUGAAGGAAAUCAAAAUGAAACGCUGCAAGACCUUGAGGACGCUUUUAAAAACAUCCAGAAUGCGGCAGAUUCCGGUGAUCUCACAGUUCAAGUUCUUGACGAUGACUAUGAAUUGAGGAGCAAUUCUACUGAAAUACAAGGUGACGUCAAGUGUGGACCUGGACAAACAAAAGUCAAGUUUUAUUGUGUUCCAUGUGGAAAAGGUUCCUAUCUGAACAUGGAUAUAUGUAAACCAUGUCCAGUAGGAACUUACCAGUCUCUUGAAGCACAAUCUAGUUGCGUGAACUGUCCAACAGGAAAAAGUACCAUUGGAAUUCAGUCAACAACUAUUAAUGAAUGCACAGUUAAUGUUGUAGUGCCUAUUGAGGAAGGACUGAAAGUCACUGGUAUCAUAGUUGGUUGUGUGUGUGCUCUCGUUGUCAUAACAGUAGCCAUAUUUAUAUACAGAAGAUACAGAUCUACAAAAGCUAAACUCGUUGAGGUAACAGAUAUUAACAUGGUUGCUCGGCCAGAGUCCAGUCUUAGCCAGAGAACUAGCGAUCUUGGUCCUAAGAAUAAACAUUUUGAAGUGACUUCCCUCGCUUGUCAGUCAAACUCGUCUCAAAUGCCACAACUUGACACCGAAAAUGGAAGGAUCACUCAUGAAACUAGGACAGGAUAUCACACGAGCAGGUCGAACACAUCUGUAUCUGAAGAUGGAAAGAUUCUUCAUAGUAAACCUUGGAGAUAGGAUGUUAUUGCGUCAUGUAAUUGACGAUUUAAUUGAUCAAUGACGUCAUUCUCAAUCGAACUUAACGUUAACGGAUAAAUUACGUAUGCUGAACUUAACAAAUAAAAAAUCCUUGACUCUAUUUUGUUGUAGCCAAUUAGUGUAAACCGAUUAAGGCUUUUGUGAGUGAGUGAGUGUGUGAGUUGGUGAGUGAGUGAGUGAGUGAGUGAGUGAGUGAGUGAGUGAGAUGGUGAGCGUGUGAGCGUGAGUGAGUGAGUGAGUGAGUGAGUUGGUGAGUGAGUGAGUGAGUGAGUGAGUGUGUGAGUGAGUGAGUGAGUGAGUGAGUGAGUGAGUGAGUGAGUGAGUGAGUGAGUGAGUGAGUGAGUGAGUGAGUGAGUGAGUGAGUGAGUGAUUAUUAUAGUGACAGGUGUAUAUGUUAAAACAACAACAU